GUAUAUGUAUGUAUGUAUGUGUGUACUUUCAAAUGAAUCGGACGAUUCGCCGAUUGCUAUCUUGUCGGGAAUUACGUUAUUGCGCAAUGAACGAUAAACAUGCGAGAGAUAAGAAUCCAAACUUCAAACGGAAUGACAGCGAAGAAGGACGCGACGUAUUUGUCGGCGGAUACAGCGGGUCUUCCAUCCUGGCUACCCUUCUCCCCGCCUCCCCUCUCAACGCGCCUCUAUAUCCACCGAGUACAACUCCGUUCGCCGGAAGUAAGGAUCUCGUCGAAGGAGAGUCAGCAGUUACGAGGAUUAUCAGAGUAUUCUUUUACGACCGGCGAGAUUGGAUGACGACCACGAUAACAGGAUGCGCAGCGAUUCUAACGAACGCGAGAGCGGACGUCGUCGACCAUCGUCGACAGAGGAUUGCGAGGAUCCGCGAGCGGUCGUCAGUGAACAGGUGACGUGAUUCGUACGAAGAAGAACUUUUCUAUCGCGAUCAAGUAAUUCUUGGACUCGUUCGGGGAGUCGACCUCUCGCGGCCGAGAGAGAGCGGACGAGAGGGGACAAGUGAUAUGAGUGCUGAACGCAGGAUCUUUCGUGACGUUAAACGGCGAUCGAGUCGCGAGCGGUACCAAGGAAAUACCAUCGAGUGAUCGGCACGCGAGAAAGACCGGAUAUCGCGCGGAGGGACGGGUGGAGAAAGAAAAGGAAAGAGCACGAAGGACGAGAAGAACGUAAUAGCAGUGUGUUUUCGUUUUGGUUGCGUGAGGGGAAAGCGGACCCGUCUACGCGUGCGGCGAGGAACGAGAAAAGUGAGGACGAGCUGGAGGACGGCCGGGUGGAAAAAAUAGCCUCGAGGCGGCAAGGAAGGUGAAAAAGAUGAUGUGGUGCCAUCCGAUCGUUCUCCUCGUCGGCCUGCUCACCGUCGUCCGUGCUCAAGGGGUCCCGCGAACAUUUUCGGCUAGGCCUUACCGAGGAGGGCCACCAUUGUUCGUAAGAGCGAUUCUCGGUGGAACGGCCGAGCUGCCAUGCGAUAUUCGUCCACCUCAUCGCAACGAUUCCGCUAUCUUGGUCGUCUGGUACAAGAGUGACGUCCAACCGAUCUACAGUUACGAUCUACGCGGCAAGAACUCGGAUAAAGCAUCGCAUUGGCAGGAUAAAGAACUCAACGAUCGGGCGUUCUUCAGGACAACAACGGAACCAGCAACUUUGAGCGUUAACCACAUACAGCAAAAGGACGAAGGUGAAUUUAGGUGCCGAGUGGACUUUACCACAAGUCCGACCAGAAACUCCAGAAUUCAUCUGACAGUGAUAGAGCUACCGAAUAAGCCGAACAUUAUCGACGAAGAGGGAAAGACCGUCUCGACGGUUGCCGGACCUUAUGAAGAAGGCGGUGACAUGAAAUUGCAUUGCUACGUCUAUGGGGGUCGCCCCCAACCUAAAGUGAGAUGGUGGCGCGGAGAGACGCUUCUAGACUCUAAGGAUGAACCGGGUAAAACCCCUGGUGUUCGUACGAACACGCUUAUCGUUAGCCAAUUGUCAAGAGCGGAUCUUCACGCGGUGUUCGAAUGUCAAGCAUCCAACAAUAAUAUCAGUCAACCCUUGUCAAUGUCGAUAGCAAUUGAAAUGCAUCUGAGGCCCCUGAGCGUGAUGAUACUCAGCAGCGAACACGCGCCCCUCAGCGCGAAUCGGAAAUACGACAUCAUCUGCAUGACAGUCGGUUCAAGGCCACCGGCUGAGCUGUUUUGGUACAUGGAUGGCAAGAGGCUCGACAAUCACACGAAUAAGGUUUCGCCGGAUGGUAACCAGACGAAUUCCAUCUUGACGUUUCAGCCCACUCUAUUAGAUCACGAUAAAGUUAUCACGUGCAGGGCUGAAAAUCCUAAAAUCCAACGCGGCAUUGCGGAAGAUACAUGGAAACUGAAUGUUUUCUUUGUUCCGAUCUUGCAUUUGCAACUUGGUUCGAAUAUGAAUCCGGACGACAUCGAAGAAGGCGAUGACGUAUAUUUCGAGUGCAAAGUUCGUGCGAAUCCGGAUGCCUACAAAGUAGUGUGGAAGCAUAAUGGGCAUGUGAUUCAGAAUAACGCGAAGAACGGCGUUAUAGUCCAGCUAUACGGCUUGGCUCUCCGAGAGGUGAAUCGGUCCCAAGCCGGAAAUUACACCUGCAUUGCCAGCAACGUCGAAGGCGACGGCUACAGCAAUAUCGUAGAGCUUAAGAUCAUGUACAAGCCGAUCUGCGUGCCGGAUCAGAAGAGAAUCUACGGGGUGGCGAGACACGAGGACGCUCACGUAAUAUGCAGGGUCGAGGCGUUCCCGCCACCGGAGAGCUUUCGUUGGACCUUCAACAAUACCGAGGAGAUGGUCGACGUGCCCCAGGCGCGUUACAAGAAUUCGACCAGACAUACCCAGAGUGUCCUCAUAUACCGGCCGGUUUCGGAAAUGGACUACGGCACCGUGUUGUGCUGGGCGAGCAACACGGCCGGUCAGCAGAAGAAUGCCUGCAUAUUUCACAUCAUUCCUGCGGGCAAACCGGAAGCUCCGUACAACUGCACGCUGACCAACCAAACCACCGAAUCACUCUCGGUGGAAUGCACCGCUGGGUUUGACGGUGGUCAGCCUCAACACUUCCUCCUUGAAGUGUUCGAUCAGCACACGGGAAUUCUGCAGGCCAACAUCACGUCUAGAGAUAAUGCGGCUUUCACCGUAGAGAAUUUAGAACCGGGCAAGGUUCUGAAUAUGAUUCUGUACGCGGUAAACGCGAAGGGAAGAAGCGAUCCCAUACUACUGGAAGGUUUCACGCUCAAAGUCGCCGAGAAGCAGACUGGUACUCAGGUACCCUUCGAGUUCACCCCGUUACUCGGGGGUCUGAUCGGUGUGGUCGCUGCACUUUUGUUCGUCACCGCCACCAUUCUAGCCGCGCUGAAAGUGAGGAGCGAGAGACGAGCUCAAAGGCCAGGCGAUUUACCUCUAAAGAAGGCCACCGCGCCAAGUUCCGAGGACCUUUACGACGCUGACGACAGAAAUCCGGACGUUGUGCCGACCAACAAAGAUUCAGAUUAUCAGCUGACCGGCUCGACUUCCGGCACGCCGUUGGCAACGCAAAACACACCGGAUGGUCUUCCACCGUCGUCCCUUCCGGCCCAGCAGACGAAUAAUCACCUCCAAGGACUUCCCGCCUAUUCGCAUAACGACUACAGCAAUUAUCCAACCUUGCCGUUAUCCGGCGAGGUGACGUAUGCCGAACUGUGCCUGGCCAGACCCACCACCCUUUCGACCCUAGCGACCGACGCCAAAUUGGCCAGCCUCGGCGGCGGAGUCGGCGGUCUGGGUGGUCUUCCGGGCUACGGCGGUCUCGGGGUAAUCGUAGGCGGCAAGCCGUACACGAAGGAAGCCACCGUCUACGCGUGCAUCGAUCACAACGCCAGGCCGCCUAAGAUAGACGUCUCAAACGCGCCGUCGUGCGCGACCACCCCUCUAACGACGGCGAACGUGCUCCAGGACUCUACCGUCUCCACCGUGAUGAGCGGCAAGCAACAUCACCCGGCGAGGGAGGUCGUCACCGUCCGCACGCCCCUCAUCUCGACCCAAGAAAGCUGCGUAUAGGGACGCGAUUCCGACGCGCUCAACGUCAACGAGUACUACGUCUGAUAUGGCCGCCGACUCGUGACGAUCGUGCGCGUCUUCGUGGCCGACCUUUCGAUUCCUUAGAAUUUUGCGCGGCGCUCUCUUUAAAGUAAAACGUCCUCGAAUUCUCGGGAAAAGAUAUCUCUAUACGAAUGUGAAUUAUACGUUUCGUUCGGCUGCGAUGUGAUCGUCUCGUUCUCCGGGAGAUACGAGACAAUUUCGCCGACGACCACUGCCAGGUCUAUUACCAAUGAUCGAACUACUAGACUUUAGUAAAGGAUUCGCACGAACAUGCAUAAAGAAUCACAAGGAUAAUGAGAGAAAGCCAAAUGCUUUCGUUGAAUGCAACCUACUCACGAUUUGCAAUCCUAUCGAGAUAGCUAAUUUAAAUAUUCAAAACUGCCCAAAUAAUUUUAAUGAAUAUAUAUCAAAAGAUUCCUCAAUAUAUCGGAUGCAAUAAAUGAAUUUCUUUAAUCCGAGAUAUUGUGUAUUAUAUAUUCGCAAAACAAUAUACAUAUAAGACAAAUAUUACAUAUAUUAAACAAAAUCUCUGAAAACAUAUCAGGAUUAUUACUGCCGAAUUUCUAAAGAUUCCAAGAAUUGUGUUUAUCUUCGAUGAGAACUAAAAAUAUUAUGUACAAGAAAAAAAGUUCCAAAUUACAGAAAGAACACACUUGAGAAAUUUAUCUUAUAAUUUAAAAAAAAAAAAAAAAGAGUAUAAGAACGUAUAUCCUAAAUCGAUCGAGAACGUCGAGCACGGUGGCGAAACGAAUUUAUUCACAAGAGAAUCGUCAUUCUUAUAUGAUCCUUUUGAUCUCGGGAAAUACCGGUGUCUAAAAAUCCACGAAACCAUGGAAAAUUCCAUUGGUUGACCGAAAAGCCGAUGAAGUGGAGAGAAACAUGUCGAAAAAUCUAGAUUUCCACAUUUCGCGGGAUGUUCGUAUCGCGAGAGGCGAUGUACCUAUGUCUCGCGACGGCGAAUGUAGAUUUUCUAUCCCAAGAGUAUACUUUGUAUUACAAAGUAGGUAUGGGAAUAAAGAAGAUCGUCGCGCGUUGAGUGUAUUUUCGUAAAAUGGCGCGUCUUUAUCGAUAUGCUCCCUUUCUCCUUCUCUCUCGGAGUACUGUGUAUCGUGUCGAUUACGUCGCGACGAUAAAUUUCGAGUACGGGAAAGAUCCGCGCCGGGGAGAGGAUCAAUCUAUUCCGCGAAAAUCCUCAAAAAUAUUUCCGCGUUGCGACACGGAACAAGUGCGCCGCAUAGAACACGACAGCGUUACGAUAAUCCGACGUGAAGAUUUUCUCUAUGUCGGACACGUUCUCUUCCUUUUGUCGUUACCGCGGAAUUUCCAGUUCCAAAAAUACUCGCAAUUUUAUGAACUAUCCAAUAUCCGCAUCGAUCGAAUCCCAUAAAUAAAUUCAUGCUCGACCAAUAAAGAUUUUGUCUCCUCGUACAAUAUCAGUAUAAUUAUCAAGAAAAUAAUUAAUCGAUUAAUCAGUCAAAUCAUGCUGCUGUUGAAUGAUUGAUCGAUUCUCCCCAAAAAAAGCAUACAUAUAAUUGCUUCCGUUGUAUGUGGCAUGUUACAGUUAACAAUUUCAGAUGUGUCACGUUGACGUGAGAUUAAUUAAAUCUCAGUUUGUGUAUCGACAUUUAUUCUGAAUUAUUUUCAGUUCGCCGCACGCUAUGGAAACUUGCAAGGUAAGAAUAAAUUUCCUGAUUAUAAAAUAAGCGGAACUAUCGAUCCUUCUUUCUCGCGCGGCUCGUUCGCUUUAUCUUUUCAUCAUUCUAGUCUAUUUACACGAAUUUUCUCUUAUCUAACGCGCGACGUGUGAAUAAUAUUCGCGCGGAAAUUUCGCAAAAGUCGCAUUUCCACAAUAACUCGAGAAAGAAUUUUCCCUUCGUAAUGACCUGACACACAUUCUCAUAAGAUAUUGUAAAUAAUAACUUUUCCUCGAGGACGAGGACACGAAAUAUAAAUUUAGAUUAAUUAUCGAAAUUAUAUCGUGUGCGUUAAUAAAGAGCCUACUCGCGCUCCGAAAACAUGUAUAUUAAUUCUAAUUACUAAACGUACCUUGUACACUGCGCAUCGUUCAAUAGCGACGCGAGCAUCCAUACAUAAUUCCAUUUAGUUCAAAUGGAAGAUAUUUUGCGACGGGAUCGUCAUUCGUGAAUAAAGAGACAAUAACGUUGCAGGAUUGUUGAGUUAAAAGCGGCUUACGAACGGUCAAUUACAUCGCGCUAUAUUAUUCGAACUUGAUUGACAUUAUUUGAGUUUCUUGAAAUAUCGCAAAUAAUAUUUUAUUUUUCAUUCGAUUAUCAAUUUUUUAUAUUUCCUUUUAAAACAAGCUUAUUUGUGUCAUCACGUAUAUCGAAGCUGGUUAUUCAAAUUUAUAAUUUGAAGAGUACUAGUAUGGUACGGUAAAAAUCAGCGAUCGAAAAUAGCGCAUGGAAAAUGAGUAAAAAAUACAUUUGAAAAUAAUUUGUUAUCUAUAUGCAUGGAUCCUUUAUACGAAACCUGCGUUUAAUUUAUAUCAAAUCACGCGAUAUCAAAUACGAUGUAAUUCAUCGUUUAGCAGCCGAUUAUAUCUUCACUUCGCGUCGAUCCCUUAAAAAAAAAAAAAACAUACUGCCGCGACGUACAUUAUUUUACGACGAAAUCUUGUGGACAGACCUGUCCUAUAGGACUGCCAAACGCACACAACUGCCAUGUCACUUUUAUUUUCGCAAGAAGUUUAACGUCGAAAAUAACAAAGAAUUAUCUCGAGAGGAGUAUCUUUCGCGCGUCGCCGUACGUUGUGCACCGUACAAAUGUACACGCGUGUACAUCUUAGAGAUAUAUACAUAUUAUUGAUCCUCAUCGUCGUGUUCACACGCAGCGAAGACGGAAUUGUAAAUAACUUGUACAUAAGGACACAUCGAGAAAAGAGAGACUUUAUUCGCGAGAGAUGCUCGAGAUUAAACCCCUACGUCUUCUUUGAGGGACGACAACAGAACAGGCACACGAAGGAUCGUUAUCGACGGAUCCGUUAACGAUAUUACAAGAGCUACGUACGCUCCCAGGAAAAUUGUAUCGAGCAUUAUUGUCUUGCCGGUCCAAGGGAAAGGAAAGAUACAAUGAUUCUAACGCGCGCGAAUCCCGUUCUUUCUGUUUUCAAAAAAUUUUAUAAUUUUUAUUCGAGAUGAUUAUUUAUAUUCAGUUUCUUGUCUCAUAUAAUUCGAAUGUACGUUUUUUAACGAUUGUUAUAAAAAAGAAUAAAAAUCUUUAUCGUUCCUUCUCGUGGCUAACCGAUAUUAAACGUACGACAUAAAAUUCGUUAUUGAUCGUCGUUGUCGUCGUCGGCCGAGGAACGCGAAGAAAGUCGACGUGACGAGCGUUCCUUCGUGCGUACCAUACGCCCCUUCGUAAUUUGUAAGAUAUAUGCUCCGAUGUACAGCGCCAAGAUAUUUUUUCAGAGUGUGCGUAAUACAAUACCUCCGCGUAUAUCGUCAAGUCUUGGGCGCCCAAUUAGGCGAGGCCCGUUUAAAGAGCGGGCGGGACUGUAUAAUUAAACGAUCGGAUUGCGAUUAAUGGUCAGACAAAGAACUAAAGAUAUAUGUAUAUGUACGUAUGCGCAUGUGUGCCUGUGUGUAUGUAUGCUACGUGAGCGUAAAUCUACCUUUCGCCGUGUGUAUGCGACUAUGGUAGUUCUGCGAAGUCGAGGAUUAAGAGUAAUAAAAAAAGAGAUAUAUAUGCAUGUGUGUGUAUGCGUGAGUAUGCGCUAUUUCACGAUUUUCUCACGUAAUUUAUAGUGUAGAAAAGAACAAAUUGCGCAUUAAUUCUUCCACGCUUUAUUUGAAACUUGAACAUUUUUGUUACUAAUCGACAAGCAUCGAAACAUGUGUGCUCUAUCUUAAUAUUAUAUAUUUAAAUAUGUUAUUUUUUUUUUUAAAUAUUAAACAUACUCGCGCCUUGCUUUCCAUUAGAAUUUUGCAGCUAUUUCGCAAUAAAGAAUUUUUCAAGAAUUUAAGAAUGAAAGGGUUGAGACGAGACGAAUCUUUUUCUUUUAUGUCCGGCGCUCGAACGAGAUCGAAGUGGACGGAGAAAAGAAAAUUAUACCUUGAGUGCUCCAAUCAAAUCUCCGUUAGAUCAAUUUUCUUUCCAACUCAAAAGAUAUAUAUAUCAAACUAUACUGCUUAACUGUAUUCUUCUUUUUCUAUAUUCUGUUCUUGUGCGUUAUACUAUUUGACAUACAUAUAAAAUUAUAUACAUAUAUAUAUAUAUAUAUAUAUAAUUUUUUAUUUUGACAUAUAAUAAUACAAUUUUUUUACUUAUAUAUUUCUUUGCAGAAGAAUUCCUGCACACAAUCACGACUAAAAAUACUUUAAGUUAAAAUCCUUUCUAUUGUCCUCAAGAGAAAUAAAAUCCAAGAGAUCGUUCUUAUGCGACAACUCGAAUAAAAAAAAAAAAAAAAAAAUAUUUUGACAUUUGAUCAAUACAAUGCACUUCAGUUCGAUGAAGUUAUAACUACGCGUACCAUGUACAACGCAUACAAUAGUCUGCAGUGCAAUAGCUGCAGUGUAAAUUCACUCGAUGCGUACACCGGAUGUAUAUCUGUACACAUACAUAAAAGUUCGAUUGGCGGCGUCCUUCCGGUUUCGCAGAUAUUUUAAGCACGCGCCCCGUUAACGAUCACGCGCCGGUUCUCCUCCACAUGCGCGUCUCCUUCGUACAUUCUUGUUUCUCGCAUGCUACAAUACAUUCCACGUUUCCUGUCAAAUACCGCGGGCCGCGUUUCAACGCCGCGAAAUUUUCGACGGUGAUAAGGAAACGACUGGACCGCGGAAUUUCGCGACGCAACCCAAUUCCGUAUUCUGGCAUAGAAUGAGCGAUUGCAAGCCAAUACACAUCGUUAUACGACUUGCGUGUUUCCGACUACCUGCAAUGUUUAAGUCAAAUGUCAUUGCACGUGGACAGAGUUCAGAUUACUUCUCGAUAAAUUGAAAUAUCGCCACUCUGUGUGUGUAUAUUUCGUGAUAAUCACAUUUGAUAAAAUCGGUACAAAUAAGAAAGCGAACUGAAUUAAAAAUUUAUUGCUAAAAUAUUGAUUAUCAUUUUUGAGGAUAUCACGAUAUUUUGAUUUAAAUACCGGAUUUUUUUUAACAUUAAAAACUUUAUUAAUUUUCUUUGAUUUCUUCUAUAUAUUUUAUCAUGUGUAAUAGAGAGAUUAUAUUGUCUUCAUUGCAUGACAUUCUGACGUGAGACAUAUUGUAUUAUGUUUUCGCUAACAAAUCGCCAUGAAUUAAUUACUCAUUGUCCAAAGUCUUGUUCCGAUUAAAAUCACGCUUUUCAAUUGAUCAAAGCACGCGAAAAAGCAGACAACCCGCGCGAAAUUUCAGUAAGAACCGACCGUUAGAUCGCUCAUUCGAAUAGACACGCUCAUUCGUUUCACCGCAGCCUCCGAAGUAGCAAAGUUGCGCUUUGUAUGUCGUGUCUGCAUUGCGGCGUACGUUGCAUCCGUGGCGAGGGAAAUCUCGAGGGCAAAAGUGGCCCGGGCCGAUGUCUCGUGCCAGUUUCAAAAGAAAUCUUCUCUCUCCUCCUCGCUAUACGAAAUCUCUAUGCCGGCUUAUCGAAUCUAAAAGUCAAUUCUUCUCUCCGCGGCGUGAAAUCUAUUAACCUGUACGAAAGCGUCAAAAGCUCUAAUAAAGCCCUCAAAAGUCCCUUUUUUUUUUUUGUAGCGGAAUAUUCAUUUACUCCGCGCCCGCACGUAUCACUCGCCGCGAUAACCUCGCCGCAUCAAUCCCGGACUUCCCGGAAUCCGUAAUACAUCCCCUAUCCCGUAGUACAGAUAUUCCGAUGCAUUCUCUUGAAUAUCUAUCGGAUAUCGAAGUGUAUCACGACAAUGUCCGAAUUUCCGCGUAUUACGGAGAAUGAACAUUAAUUACCUAUUAUACGUCACACGAAAAAUUCGAGCACGUUCGAGCGCGUCGCACACUGGCUUCUUCUGUUCUGUUACAUUGCAAUAUUAUUUCACGAUUUUAAUUAUUGUCAUAAUUAUGAACGAAUAAUCAAAGAGUAGGAAAGACACAGAAAAACAUCGAGUACAAAAAGAUUUGGUUUAAGACGGUUUAAGAUGUUAAAUUGAUUGACAGUGCUUCUGCAAACUCGAUAUUUAAAAUUUUUUUUAUUUUUGGCAUUUAACGGUAGUAUUUUUUCGCCUUCCAUUCUUUGUUGACAUAACUGCGUUCCUUUCUAUGCGAAUAACGUGAAUUGUGCGACAAGAAGUCUGGCGAAUCGCGCGUGUAUGUUGAAUUGUACAUAAUCUUCUGAUCGAAUAAACGUAUGCGUGCUCGUUUGUACAUUCUUCUGUAAAAUCGCGAUUUGCGUGUCUGUGAGUGCGAAUGUUGCGUGAGAUUUCACCUGACGAGCCUGACGAGAGAAACGCGAGCGUGUCAAAUAUUGAAAUUGCGAUGACCAUACUACGUGUAUCUACAAUAAUUAUAGAUCUCUCUCUAUAAAUAUAUACACACCUCAACGUAAUCAGAAUAAACGUGUUGAUAUGAAAAA